UUCGUCAAUCAACAAUACGCGGAACCUUUGAGUAGCGCUCAAACUACACGGUCUUAUUUACUUGCAACACCCGCGUAACAGCUGUUUUACUUCUCAUUGCUCUGCUCCGAUCUGGCGUCACUCUUUGGAAUCGUUUGAAUACAUCUGUAAGACAAUCGCAAUGGAACCUGCUUGCCGUAAAGACAAGCCAAAGUUGAACUCGACGCCUACCAGAGGAGACCGAUCAAAACAGAAGACUGCACAGCAGGAACUUAAACAGCGACAGAGGGCAGAGAUUUAUGCCUUGAACAAGGUGAUGACCGCACUCGAGCAUCAGCAGUUUGAGACCUUUUGUAAACAGAUGCAGCAACAAGGAGAAUGAAGUCGUGGUGACUCCAUCCCGAGCACUCACAAAUGUGUAUGCUGCACAAUGAAGGACCUAAAGUUACAGUGAAAUUUGUAUUCCAAGCGUUACUAUGUGUAUUGAUGCAGUUGGGAUAUUUUGUAGCCAGUUCCCAUUGUAACGUAAACUAUGUUUAAAAAAUUUUUUUUCGAAAUUAGAAUGUGUCAGGUGUUUUAAAGACAUGUGAGUAAAUGUGUUCUACCACAUCCAGUAUGUUACUCUGUCAUGUCAGUAUGGUUACUCUGAAGGUAGCUUGCUUCAUGAAUUUGAGAAAAGAUAAAAAAAAAAAAAAAAACAAGUUUAACCUCUCUUACCCAUGUUCGGUUCUUUUAACUUGGUGCCUCAAGACAUUUUUUUUUAUGAAUUACGAUUGUCUUUACUGGAGACAACGUAUUUUGAAUCACCAUGGAAACAAUUAUGCAACGGUUAUUCCAGCUGACCUGUACCCGAGUUACUUUUGUACUAAGCAUUUUAUUUUGUUGAAUAAAAAUUCAAUUCACAAACAAA